AUGGUGAAGCAAGCAGUCCGAAUUCUCGUCACUGAUGCUGGAGGGCUAGUUGCAUGCGAUCUCGUUCGUAUGAUCGCUCUUGGUGAUAUGCUAGGUCCCGACCAGCCUAUGAUUCUGCACCUCUUUCAUCGUGGGACUCUUGCUGAUGCAGAUGCUCUCCAAGAUCUUAAGAUAGUAUUGGUGCAAUCUCCGCAUCCUCUUGUUGAAGGUAUUAUUGAAGCAACCGACGCUGCUGAGACAUGCAACGGUGUUGAAUUUGCAAUGCUGAUAGGAAUGGUUCCAAAGAAAACUAGUAGGGAAAGCUUGGUGAACAAUUAUAGGAACUACAAGCUCCUGGCUGAUGCUUUAGAAAAUUAUGCAGCUGCCAAUUGCAAGGUUUUGGUCAUUGCAUAUCCUGUAGAUUCGCUUGCAUCGACUUUGAAGAAAUUUGCACCAUCCAUUCCUCCCAAAAACAUCACGUGUCUCACUAGAUCAUAUCAUAAUUGUGCAUUGGGUCACAUUUCGGACAGGGUGAAGGUUUCGGUUGGGAAUGUGAAAAAUGUUAUCAUAUGGGGAAAUCACUCGCUACCUCUACAUUUCGAUGUCAACCAUGCUACUGUUGACAGAUUAUCUGGUGAAUAUACUGUGCGUGAACUCAUCAACGAUGAUGCAUGGUUGAAUGGAGAAUUUAUUACUUAUUUCCAACCACGCGCCGCUUUAAGUAUUAAAGUUGGGAGAGAUUCUGGUGCAUUUCUUCUUGCCAGAGCUGCCUGCUGCCACAUCCAUGACUGGGUGCUUGGAACUCCAAAAGGGACGUGGGUUUCCAUGGGGGUGUUUACUGAUGGUUCUUACAAUGUGCCCAAGGACCUCAUCUUCUCCUUCCCGGUAACUUCUCGCAAUGGAGAGUGGACCAUCGUGCAAGGUAUAGAAAAUUCUGUUGCGACAAGGAAGAAGAUGGAUUCGACAGCGGAAGAACUUAUGAAAGAGCACUUGUUGACUCUUGCCUCCAUUGAACGUUAUUUCAUGGGUAGUAUAGUGCUUGAAGCCCUCACCACCACCACCGAUAAUAGUGGGUGCGUAAAAUUCAAGAAGGAUAGAUUUCCUCAGUAUCCCGAGUUGUGUAUUGUAUUUGGUGGUACAUAUGCUACUGGGGAUCAUGCCACAGGAAAUGCCGAAGAUUUGACGGUGCCAGAGGAAAGUGACAAUGGUGGUGGCGAUACAAACGUGGACCCCUUCUCCGUAUCCGCUGUCAUUGAUGUCCUAGUUAGUAUGCUUGAGUUGGGGCAAUAUCUUUACAGAAAAGCAGUGAAACGAGCAUGUGUUAAUGCCGCGUGGAGGGAGGCUUUCAUCAAAUCCCUAGCUGAAAGGAGAAAUGGACUUCUUCUAUGUCUUCGAGAUAUUGAUGUCGAGACUCUUAUAUCUAUAUUGAUAUUCUUGUAUUUGUGUGAUGAUAUAGGUACCAUGGAAGAGAGAUCAAAUAGUGUUUCUAAUGGGCAGGUAGAUCUAGAUGAACAAUUCUUGGAUAAUGAUGAUUUUCACAUAUUGAUAGCAUGA